AUGCGGGACAGAGAAGCUCCCAGCUGCAGCAGCAGUCUUGGCUGGCGGCUUCGGGGGCUGCAGCAGCUGGAGCAGCAGCAGGAGCAGCAGCAGGAGCAGCAGCAGGAGCAGCAGCAGGAGCAGCAGCAGGAGCAGCAGCAGGAGCAGCAGCAGGAGCAGGGGCCGUUGCUGCAGCAGGGGGUCAACACGGAUGCUGCAGCAGCAGCGCUGCCCCGAACGUGGGCCCCCUGGGGGGUGAGCAGCAAGCAGCAGCAGCUGCAGCACAGCGCCACAGACUGUGGUUUGGGGUUUGCUGCUGCUGCUGCUGCUGCAACAUCAGCAGAGACUGCAGCCCACGCAUGGCGAGCUACAGCAGUCCUGCGGCAGCAGCAAGAGCAGCAGCAGCAGCAGGAGUAG